AUGAUUCGUGGUCGCAAAGAGGGCAGCACUUAUGCCUCGUGGUUCAUCGGCUUCGACCAUGAUAACACUUUUGGCCUGCCGGCGUUUCCUGAGCUUCCCCCACAGUCUCCACACACUCCAGUUCACAACAAACCCGUGUCUAGAGCUAGUUCCUUGGAGACGCUCCUACCUGCUGGACAGUCGAAGGAUCUUCAUUCCGUGAAACGGUCCUUGACUCCAGUAGGGACGCAAACUUCCUUGCAGACUUCUACACAGAGCUACACGCAAACCACAGAGGAAGCUGGGUCACAGACACCUUACGGGGUCUCCAGUCAGACGUAUACUGAGUCUACAGAGGAAGCUGGGUCACAGACACCUUACGGGGUCUCCAGUCAGACGUAUACUCAAUCUACAGAAGAAGCAGGUUCACAGACAGCCAGCGCAGCCUCUAAACAGACUUAUAGCCGAACCGCAGAGGUCGCGUCGCAGACACAGCUCGUUUCCAAUAGAAUCUACGGUUUAAACUCAGAGGAGGUUGUGUCCUCAAGACGAAUUUCUGUUUCUAGACAGCCAUACAGUCAAACCACAGAGGCAUCCGGGACGCAGACACAAUUUCCAGACCCCAGCAGGCUCUGGAGCACAGAGGAGGUUGGGUCGUCUCGACGACUCGUUGUUUCCAAACAGCCAUACAAUAUUUACAAGGAGGCUUUUGAUGGAGCUAAAAGAGCUGAGGAGUUUAAAUUCAGAGUUAAAUUUGACAAGCUCAUUGGAGAUCUUCAUUUAGCCAUAGAAGAGAACUCUCAGAAUGGACUCACAAGUGUUGCAUCCCCUUCUUAUGGGGAUAUGAUGUUGACCUACAAAGACAGGGUCAAGGACUUAUUGAAAGGAUUCACACAGAGGCUACAGAUCGCUUAUGAAAACUUUGGGGCAGAAGAUUCAUCUGAAAAUACUGGUCAAAAGGUCAGGCAGAAUGUGUCCCGAUUCAUUGAAGAGCUCAUUGGGGAGACUGUGGAUCUGACAUCAGAUGAAGCUGUGUCAGACCUCUCCUCACUGUCAGAUGAUUCUGCUUCAGAUCAAAACUCAUUUGAAGAUUUUAUAGCACAGGCUGUGGUUUCCAAGUUGCUGGAGAGUCACAUCAAGGGAGUGAAUGAAACUGUGCAGUUACUACACAACAAUAAUUACGAGAAAAACAAUCUCACAAACCAGAGAACUGAAACCCAAGAUAAUAUACUGGGGAUUCAGAAAGACAAACUCACAAGCUAUGAUCUUCGCAAAAGUAACAAAAACAUUUACACUGAUGAUAUAGAUGGGUACAGCAGUGUUACCAGUAAUUCAGAAAGAGCAGGACAAAUUACACUUCCUAAUGGAGGUAAUCACAGCAAUCAUCAUGUGUUAAGUCAUAAGUCAGAUUCAAUCCACAGUGACACAGGAGACCUCAGUGAUGAAGAAAGUGUUGAUUUUCCUUUACUGCCAGGAAAAAAGGCAGUAGAUGAAGAUUGUAUUAAAGUCAGUAAAACAGGACGUAAGAGUGAUAUUACACAUGCUGUUAAUAAGGCAGUUGAAAUAAAUGGAAUUAAUGGUGAUGAAGCUGACAGUUAUAAUUCAAAUGAAGAAACGGAUAUUGUCAAGGAAUUUGAGCAGUUGAAAGCGUUUGUGAAGCAGACUCGAACACGACCGCAGAUUAAAGCAAUUCCUUUUGAUGAUUCUGAAAGGGAGGAGUUUCACACAAGAUAUUCUGUUUUUGACCGCAUUCAGAACUAUCAGCCUGUGCUGCCAGAUUUUUCACAGUUUGACAAUAUAGAUUUUGCAUCUGAUGAUAUUGAUCCAGAUUUGCUGUCAAUGAAUCUUGCCAUUAUUCCUGAAGAGACAGAGGAGGAGCUGGAGCAGGAGGAAGAGGAGGAUGAACACAGCGAUGGAAAGGAUAUUGAUCAGCUGAGUGAAUUCUCUGAACAUGAUCUCCUUGGCAGAGGUGACCUGGAUGGCUCGGAUGAUGAAGAGAACACUUUCUAUGCAAACACAUCAGAAGAAUUAGCCAGAAUCUCAGGGCAGCACAAACGGGCUGGUGGCUUCAAACGACUGUCUUCAGGAAGUUACAGCGAUAAUUCUGAAAUUGAUGGCAAGCCAAACCGGCGAAAAGCUGAGCAGUUAUAUGAAAGUGUAGCUACAGAUGACAUUGAUGGCAUCCACAUACCAGGACCUAUUGUAGAGCCAAGCAGGCAAGACUUGAAGUUGUUGCAGGACCUAGUCCCAGCUGAAAAUGAUGAUCCAAAGUUUUUGGUUGCUCCAGAAAGUGUCACAGUACAAGAAGGGGAUCCUGUGAAAUUCUCAUGCAAAGUGGCAGGAACAGCACCUAUUG